AUGUCGCAGGAAUACAAGUUGAAGGGGGUUACCUCCCUCGCGCUGAAGCCCGGCGAAAAACAAGAGGUGGAAGUAGAGGGCCUUGAUGCAAAGGUCCUGCUCGUCAAUGCCGGCGGAACGGUCCAGGCGGUCGGACCCAAGUCUUGCUUCAACACCAAGACGGGCGACGUCGAGGACGCGCCUGCGCUGAACGCGCUUCCUGUCUUCAAAGCCACCGAGCGCGAUGGUGCUGUUUACAUCACCGGCGAUGCGGACACGAUUAAGCGGGGCCACCGCACACCCAAGUUCAAGUGCACCGCCACCGGCGGCGAUAAAGUUGUUGUUGUGGGAGGCGGGUCAGGAGCGCUGGGCACCAUCGAGGCUCUGCGAGGCGGUGGUUACCAGGGAGCCAUCACUCUCAUCUCCAACGAGGGGUACCUGCCCAUUGACCGGCCGAAGCUCAGCAAGGCAUUGUUGACCGAUCUCGCGAAGUUGCAGUGGCGGGAUGAGGGCUGGUAUAAGGACGGCAGCGUGGAUAUCGUGAACGACGAGGUCACGGCGGUGGAUUUCGCGACAAAGACGGUCACGACCAAGUCCGGAGGCAAGUUCGCCUACACCAAACUCGUCCUAUCCACUGGCGGCACGCCUCGGCGGCUGCCCCUGCCAGGAUUCAAAGAUCUCGGCAACAUCUUCACAUUGCGCACUGUCCAUGACGCGAAACGGAUUGUUGAUGCCAUUGGCGACAAGGGCAAGAAGAUUGUCAUUAUCGGAUCGUCCUUCAUCGGCAUGGAGAUCGCCGUGGCCACAGCAAACGGCAAUGACGUGACGGUCGUAGGAAUGGAAAAGGCACCGCUGGAGCGCGUCCUUGGGGAGAAAGUUGGCAACAUCAUCAAGAAGGGCGUGGAAGCGAAGGGCGUCAAAUUUUACCUGCCGGUGGGUGUUGACAGGGCCGAGCCAUCUGCGUCCGCUCCGUCGAACGUCGGGUCGGUCCACCUCAAGGACGGCACGAAGCUCGAAGCGGACCUCGUCAUCCUCGGAGUCGGCGUUGCGCCCGCGACCGAGUAUCUCAAGAACAACAGCGCGGUUCAGCUCGAGCAGGAUGGGAGCCUAAGGGUCGACGAGGCGUUUGCGGUAGUGGGUCUGCAGGACGUGUAUGCCAUUGGCGACAUUGCCACGCACCCCUACCGUGGACCGGGUGGAGAUGGCAAACUCGUGCGCAUCGAGCAUUGGAAUGUUGCUCAGAACGCAGGCCGGACUGUUGCGAGCCACAUUCUCAACCCGGACCGCACGCCAGAGUUUUACACUCCCGUGUUCUGGAGCGCCCUUGGCUCGCAGCUGCGCUACUGUGGCAACACGAUGGCCAGUGGAUGGGACGACGUGGUGUUGCAGGGAGACCCGGAGCAGGGCAAGUGGGUAGCGUACUAUGCGAAGGGGCAGACCGUUGUCGCCAUGGCGAGCAUGGGGAUGGAUCCGGCAAUGGCUCAGUGUUCCCAGCUCAUGGCGCUCAACAGGAUGCCCAGCAAGGCCAAGUUGGAAGGUGGACUGGAUAUCCUGAGUCUCGGACCUCCCCACCAGAUCCCGGGACCGAGACUCGCCGCCAUCUCCAAUGUUUGGCAGGCGCGCCAUGUGCGAGACGGCCGCGCCCGAGAGUUGGGCAAGACGUUGCACAGGCAAUACGGGCCCAUGGUCCGCGUAGGGCCCAACGAGGUUUGGUUCGAUUCCGAGGAAGCAUUUAGGGAAAUCUACAGCGCCGGUCAUGGCUAUGAGAAGUCAGACUUCUACCUGGCAACGGCCCUGAACAAACCACGCCUCGACUGGAAACUCCGUCCUCAUUUUCCUGACACACUCGACUUUCUCUCCGAGUUCGAUGUUAAGCGGUACAGAAUGCAAAGGCGACUUAUUGGGCCGCUAUAUCAGGCACCUAGUCUCCGGAGAUUUGAGUCGGCCGUCGAUCGCGUCGUUGCUGCUGCCAUUACCGAGCUGAAGGCCUUGGAUGGUGCGGAAGUUGACUUGAAGGAAUGGAUGCACAUCAUUGCCGUCGAAUGUCUUGGGGCCGUCGUUCUCUCAUGGUCGCCUCGAUACAUCCAGGCACGCUCCGAUGGUGGUACCAGCACCCAGAGUUACCUCGGCUGGAAACGAAAGAGCGUGUUCGGCCUGUUUCCUACCGUCACUAGGCUGUCGUUCAUCUCUAAGACGUUGAGUCGAGUGUUUGCCAAUAUCUGGGGGGUGACUUUCAAGACGCCCAAGGGUUUCAAGCCCUUCUUUACGCCUGUGUAUCAAAAGACGUCCAAAAGAAUCGCCAAUGCCCUUCGGUCACCGUCUCACCCGGGUGGUAAACGAAGAGCCAUCAACGACCUGCUCGAGAAUCUAAUCUCCUUACACAAAGAGAGGCCCGAGUUCAAUGAGACCUAUCUGCGCCGACUCGCCGUGACCAAUUUCGGUGCCGGUCACGAGACUAUGUGCUCAGCACUAACCGCGGCCAUGGCCAUGAUUGGGUCUCAUCACGGGGUCCGACGCAGGGUCGCGGAAGAGGUCCGCAGCGACCCCGACGCCUCUGAAGCCGACAACGGACUCCGUUUACGCUACACUCGAGCCAGCAUCAAGGAAGCCCAGCGGUUACACCCCGUCAUUGGGAUGUCACUUUCGCGCAAGGUGCCCCAAGGCGGUACUUUGCUUCACGGUCUCUAUUUCCCCGCCGGUACCACGGUCGGGUGCAAUCCCGUGGCGUUACACCGGAAUCCUAACAUCUUUGGAGAAGAUGCAGGAAGAUACAACCCAGACAGAUGGUUGCAGGACGACGGUGUGGUUCGGCGAAUGGAGAGGUUCAAUCUCACAUGGGGAGGAGGAGCCCGAUCUUGUCCCGGCAGACAUCUCGCCGAGCUGGUCGUGCACAAAGUAGUUCCCGCGCUCUUCAAGGAAUUUGACAUUGAGAUCACGGCGAUGCCUGAGGAAACCGAGAUGCCAUCCUAUUUUAUGGCCAUGAUGACAGGGGUCAAAGCAAAGUUUCAUCGGGUGCCACACAAGACAGGGAACAAGACAGGGAACAGUAGUGUCGAAGUGCACGACUAA